CUCCCUACCUUGCAAGGUAUAAAGUCCCCAUUGUCAGAGGCAGACACGUUGUCAAUUCCAGUUUCCCCUCGAUAAUGGCUCUCCUACACCUUGCCUCGCGGCGUCUGCCCGCUUCCAGGAAGCUGGUUCCUGAAAUCAACUCGGUGCUCCGUCCUCGGUUCGCCGCAGUGCCCGUGCGGUCCCUGAGUGCGACAACUACCUCUCGAGCAAAGAAUGAGAGCUCGUUGCCCAACCCUGAUCCUGCAGCGGAUUCCGCUUCCACGUCCUUCAUCAAUGGCCAGACCCCGUACAUGGUCCCUACCUACGUUCGCCCACCUCCGGUGAUGGUCAAGGGACAAGGAAGUUACCUUUGGGAUAUGGAGAACAGGAAGUACCUUGAUCUGACGUCUGGUAUUGCCGUCAAUUCGCUUGGUCACUGCGAUCCCGAGAUCGCAAAGAUUAUUGCCGAACAGUCCGAAAUCCUCAUCCACGCCUCCAAUCUCUACUAUAAUGCUUGGACCGGUGCUUUGAGCAAGCUCCUGAUUGAGGUUACCCGCGAAUCCGGCGCUAUGCGCGAUGCGUCCCAGGUGUUCAUCGCCAACUCCGGAACCGAGGCCAACGAGGCCGCUAUCAAGUUCGCCCGUAAGGUUGGUCGCUCGCGCGACCCCUCGGGUGCUAAGCACGAACUAGUCUCCUUCCACAACUCCUUCCACGGCCGCACGAUGGGUGCGUUGUCCGCGACCCCCAACCCCAAGUACCAGACCCCUUUCUCGCCCAUGUUGCCCGGAUUCAAGUACGGAAACUACAAUGAUGUCGAGCAGCUGCACAGCCUCAUCACCGACAAGACCUGCGGUGUGAUUGUCGAGCCCAUCCAGGGCGAGGGCGGUGUCAAUGUUGCCACCCCCGAGUUUCUGGUUGCUCUGCGCAAGCGUUGUGACGAAGUGGGCGCCGUCUUGAUCUUCGAUGAAAUUCAAUGUGGUCUGUCCCGGACCGGCAGCCUUUGGGCGCACGGCCACCCAUCUCUGGCGCCUGCCUCUGGCGAGGCCGCCCACCCCGAUAUCCUGACGACUGCCAAGGCGCUGGGCAACGGCUUCCCCAUCGGUGCUACCAUCAUCGCCGAGAAGACGGUCGCCUCGCACAUCAAGCCCGGCGACCACGGAACCACUUUUGGCGGUAACCCCCUGGCGUGCCGGGUCGCCCACCACAUUGUCAAGCGCUUGGCUUCUCCCGAGCUGCAGAAGCAGGUCGAGGUCAAGUCGGCCGUGCUGCAGGCCGGCUUCGAUGCUUUGAAGAAGAAGCACCCCAAUGUCAUCUCGCAGGUCCGCGGUCGCGGUCUGAUCCUGGGUGUGCAGCUCACCCCCGAGUUCAGCGCCAAGGCUGGUGACUUGGUGACGGCCGCCCGCGAGCGUGGCAUGCUGAUCAUCACCGCUGGUGAGGGCUGCAUCCGGUUUGUCCCUCCGUUGACCAUCACCGAGGAGCAGCUCAAGACGGGCUUGAAGAUCUUCGAGCAGGCCUUGGAGGCUGUUCUUGCAUAGAUUGAUUGCUUGGUUCUGGAUGGGAAUGCUUAAUGAUGUCGUUGGACGCAAAAGUUAUAGAUGAAUGAAAGACUGCUGGCUCGGGAUUUGCUGCGGGUCUGACCUGCCCUUGCAACAUUGCACAUGUUGAUGGAGAUAUACUAUUGUGCUUUUCUCUGGUGACCACAUAUAGAAGGCGCGAACUAAUAGAUUGCAUGAUUCGAUCUCGAAUCUUAGACCUUUGUAUAGUAAUUCUAUGCGGAGUUGAACACAGCUGAG